UGGUGCCAAGUAGGCAGCGUCCAGCAGCAGGACGGGCGGGCAGGCAGCAGCAGGUGGCAGUAGGUGGAGCAGCAGUAGCUGGGGGAGGUGGAGGGGAGGAGGAGAAGGAGGGGAGAUAGAUGAAGGUGGUGGUAGCCCACUUUCAGACAGCUACAAUACAACAGCUGGCCACAACAACUAGGACACAAUGGGGUCAGAACAGCACUAUUCACUGCGGUGGAACGACUACACGGUCAAGAUUGUUACAGCGUUCCAGUCGUUACGGGACGAGGAAGAUUUUGUUGAUGUUACCGUGGCCUGUGAUGGUCACUCCUACUCGGCCCAUAAAAUGGUGCUUUCCGCGUGCUCUCCAUAUUUCCGGGCUCUACUCAGGGCCAACCCGUGCCAGCACCCCAUAGUCAUCCUAAAAGAUGUGGGCCACGUCGAAUUGGAGAGACUACUAGAAUUUAUGUACAAUGGUGAGGUGAGCAUAGCGCAAGACCAGCUAGCUGCCUUCUUGAAGACCGCGGAGAACCUGAAGAUCAGAGGAUUAGCUGGGUCCUCCGAUGAGAUGGAUCAGGCGGGGCUGCAUAGACCAGAUGUGUCAUACAGUUAUAGCAGCUGUGCCAUAGGUGGAGGGGGUACUUCUGGCCGAAGUAGCCCUUCCGCUGGUUACGCCCCCAGCCAAGGCUCAAAAGACGACGAAAUUGUAGGUGAUGGAAGUGGAGGCUACCACACUAGACCUGAGUCACCCCCUAGCAAGAGACGGAAACGAACAAGUGCCCCUGCUGCUGGCCAUGCUGACUCCAAUACUGCUAGUCACACCACAGACGUUGUGGGUGAAACACCAGUGGAGGUUGAUAGUGGUGGAACGCUGGGCGGCGGAAGUAUACCUGGGGAAGACGACUUGAGGUUAGACCGAAGAGAACUGAAGAGCGAGCCGGGUGACGCCAUGACGGAAGUGUACAGUGAAUCCUCCGAGAUAAGCACCGAUCCGCAAUCUCACUCGGGUGAGGCCCUGGAUCCACGGCAGUCUGUAAUGUACCCUUUAGGUUAGUGCUGUAUGUCAUGCAGGCAUAUAUAUAUAUUUAUUUAUCUUUUUAUUUAUUUGGUUCUUUUUCUUUUUCUUUUUCUCCAAGUUCUUUGUUAUCUUUUCCUCUUAUAGUGUAUGAUGAGGUGAAUUUUUGAUUGGGACUUUGGUGUUGGUAAGUAAGAAUGACAUUUGAAAUGAGAUUUUAUUUAGAAGAGUGGAUGGAGUCAAAAGUGAGAAAUUAUGUGACAUUUUGCACUUGGCUUGUAACCUAGAUUUUUUUCUCUCUCAAAUGAGCAAUACUUUUCUGUGAUCGGCUUUUAUGUAUAUUUUAUAUUUUGAUUAUGUUUUCUGGCUGAUGAUUAUGAUUUGGAUUCUAGAAAUAUGCACUGAAUGACUUGAACAUAUGUCAUGUUUUAAUUUUUCUCUUUUUUUAUAUACAGAUAAAAAGUAAUUUACUAGUAUUGAUAUCCAUUUAACGUAAAAAGCUAUCAGUCUGUACAUUUUAGUGCAUCUAAAUAUUAAAGAAAAACUUACUUUGAACUGUAAUGUUUUGAGAAGGAUAGAAUUACUUGGGAAUGUUAGAAAGUUAUUAUUAAUUACAUGCCGGUUUUGUUAACUGUGAUUAAGA